CUGCAGUAAUUUUGAGAAGCACUGGUGUAAGUGAGUCUGACACACUUUAUGCCUUGUGUCCUGUAACUUUAUGAACACUGCCUUUAACCAGUGAUAUAUUCUGAAAGGAUUUAAAGCUGAACUGAAUUUCAGAGAUCAACAUGAUUAGUAGCAUGGAGUAAAAGGACUUUCAGUUUCACUCUGGUGAAAACCCCCCAUCUACAUUCUUGUUUUUAUUUUCCUGAAUGCAGUACUUGGCUGCUUUGCUGUAGGAAGCUGUAUGCAGCUGUGUGCAGCUGUUUGACAGGCAGGUAGACUCGCUGUGUAAGUAGCACGUGGCAGCUCGGCGGAAGUGCUCCCUCCACUGUCAGAGCAGGAAAUCGGUGCACAUCAGUUGCAAUUCUACCAGACUCUGUUUCCUGUAAACCACAUGCACAUGAUGCCGGUGUGAAAUGAUCAUCUGUGAGCAGGAAUGUCACUGCACCUCGACCUCAGGCUCACUCUGCUUCUCAUAAUGACUGUCUCGGCCUCUCUGCCAGGCCCACAUGAUGUAAAAAUGAUUGCAGUGGACAUGGACUACAUGCUGCAGUGGGAAUGGAAUUACACACAGCUGGAAGAUCCAGUCACCUUCACCUCUGAUUAUGUCUUCUGGGAAGCUCAAGACGAUGAGGGAUCAUAUAAGCGGGCGUGUAAAGGUUCCAGGGAGCGUCAGUGUGAUUUCACACACUGUAAGCUGCCUUUUUCAGGAACAUUUCUGAUUAGAGUCAGAGCAGAGGCUGGGCUCCAAUGCUCCAACUGGACGCAGAUGAGGUUCACACCUGAUGAGGAUGUGCUGUUAGCGUCACCCAGCAGAGUGAAUGUGAAAGCAGACGUAGACGGGUUAACUCUUAUGAUAUCCAAGUCAGUCAUGAGAGACGUGAUGAAGCUGCAAUACAGGGUACAAUACUGGGAGAGGCUUAAACCUGAACAGCAGAAACACGUGGAAGUGUAUGACAGUCCACAUGCUCCACUGAGCUCACUGAAAUCCUGGACUGAAUACUGUGUGCAAGUUAGUGUCUUCAGUCUGGAUUAUGAGAAGAGCAGCAAUUACACAUCUCCGCAGUGUGUGUACACAACAGGUCGCCCUUUGGUUUGGCUGAGAAUUCUCUCUGUGCUGUGCAGUAUUCCUGUUUUAGGAGCUUUUUUAUACAUAUGUCACAAAUUCAGAAGGAAAUCCUCAGUAUAUACAGCACCUGAGAGCAUACUAGGGUUUCCAUCUGUUCCCUUGCUCCUAGACGCACAGGAAGAGUGUUGCACAGUAGCACUUGUGAUCACACCUGCCAUACAGCCGACACACACACUGAAGGAAGAGCAGGAACAGGAACACACACCAGAACUCCAGGCUCCAGAGUCCAUAUGCCACUGGAGUGAUGGUUCUGUGCAGGACUCAGGCUUCAGCUCUGGACGAGCGAGUGGAUCAGAUAUAAAGAGCUCUAGUGAAUGUCUUAACAUCUGAUGAAAUGUAGUAGAUACUGUGAAAUCAGGAAAGAGGUGAAAAACAGAAGCCCUCUGGCACCCUGGCAACAGACACUAUAAGUUCAUGGAUAUCUGGGAAGAGUGCAGGCUGACACAUGCUAACACGCCACAGGGCAGGUGAACGCAUUUGAAGUACAUGCAAAAUUCUCCCCAUCCAUAUAGAUGAGCUCGCAGAGGAUUGUCUGGACUUGCUGUGAUUGACCCAGUGAGCACGGCUAGUUAUACUCUCACGGAUUCCUGACCGUGGACGUCUGUGGGCAUCGUCAGGGUUCAAAAGAUAUGGCACAGUGACAUUGCAGCAAUUGCUGCGUUAUACCACGCACUCUUCAAAUAGUAAUAUCAGUAGCAUAGUGAUUGGAUAAUGAAAAAACAGAUUCACCAAGUGAAGACCAAUGGUGGCUAAGGGUGAUAAAAUAUGCCAGUGUUACACCUAGUAAGUUAAUUUGUGCAUGAUUGCUAAGUUGUCCUCUUGGUGGUUAUUAGCAAAUAUAUAAACAUAUGAUAUAAAGUAUAUUAUAAAGGGGAAGAGCCUUUAUGUUUACUUUUACAACAGCUUUAUUUAUUUAGUAUACCCAUUCAUUCAGUUAUAUUUAUUCAGUGUGGCAGCAGUGCAGUGUAAAAAAUCAUGCAGAUACAGACCAGCAGCUUCAGGUAAUGCUCACUCUGAAUGGUGCAAUAAAGAAAAAACACCAUAGGCAGCAGUUCUGCAGACGGAAACACCUUGUUGAUGAGAGAGGUCAGAGGAAUAUGGCCAGACUGGUUCGAGCUGACAGAAAGUCUACAGUAACUCAGAUAACCACUCUGUACAAUUGUGGUGAGCAGAAAAGCAUCUCAGAAUGCACAACACAUUGAACCUUGAGGUGGAUGGGCUACAACAGCAGAAGACCAUGAUGGGUUCCACUUCUGUCAGCUAUGAACAGAAAGCUGAGGCUCCAGUGGGCACAGGUCCACUAAAACUGGACAGUUGAAGACUGGAAAAAAGACCAGCUGAUGUUUUUUCUAAUCAACUGUCCAGUCCGGUUGAGUCUGUACCCAUGAUAGCCUCAGAUUCUUGUUGGCACCUGAUGUGUUCUUCUGCUGCUGUAGCCCAUCCACCUCAAGGGUUGGUUUGUUGGGCAUGCUGAGAUGCUUUUCUGCUCACCAUGGUUAUAAAGAACUGUUGCUCACACAAUGUUUUUUGUUUCUCGCAUCAUUCUGUGUAAACUCUAGAGACUGUGUGUGAAAAUCCCAGGAGAUCAGCAGGUUAUGUGCGGUGGAAAAUAUUACCUUAAUAUUAAUGAAAGUAAAAUUCACAGAGACACAGCUGACUCCAGAGUAAUAUGUUUAUUCUCAUUAUGGCCGGGGAGAAGGUGUUACAGGCAAUUAAAUUACUUCAUUGAAUUGGACUAGUGUUUUGUGAUUGAUUACAGGCAGACAAAGGACUUCAUACUUAUUGGUCAAGUAAAAAUAAAUGAUUAUAUGAUUAACAGGAAAGGAAGCACAUACUGUAUAUGGUGAAAGUCUAAUGUAACAUUAGGACUGCGAAUAUUACUUUACUUCAACUUCAGGUCACAAGCCUAUGCUAUUCAUCAUGCAUAAGAAGACAUGACUGCAACUUCACUUGUUACAGGUGUUUUGUAAGUCAGUUCUGAUGGAGUAGACCUCCCUCUAUACCUUAAAUCAGGCCUACAAAGACUUCUUCCUGCUUUCUCACACACGCAAGCCUAAAUAGCAAGAAGCAGAUGUGCUAGACUUCUGAUUACCAACAUAAAUGUGUGACUACAGAAUAUAAAGAAGGAUUAACUAAAAUUAAAGAAUUAACUAAUGGAUAAAUUAUUAACAUAUUAAUAAAGGUAUGAAAUUAAAGCAUUUGCCAUAUAUGUAAUCCUCAAUACGGCCCAUCUAGUACCAACGUCCAUGCCUCGGCUAAAGUCACAGAGAUCACACUUUCUCCCCAUUCUGAUGUUUGAUGCGAACAUUAACUGAUGCUCUUGACCUGUAUCUGCAGGAUGUUAUGCAUUGCGCUGCUGCUACUUGAUUGGCUGAUUGAAUAACUGCAUGAAUGUGCAGGUGUACAGGUGUUCCUAAUAAAGUGGAUGAUGACUGCAUAUCCAUUUUUUUAAAAAUCUACCUGGAUAGUCCACAUCAUUCUUUUGGCUUGUAAAUAUGUGUUUAUAGCACUGUUCCCCACUGUUCACCAAUUUGCAAUUAUUAUUAAAUUUAGAAAAGUUUAAUAAAUUAAAUUUAAUGAUAAAAAAGAAAAAAAUUAAAUAGCAAAUGCCCUUUUUUACCUGCUGACAGUGAUGUCAGAUUUAAUAUCUACUCCUUUACAUAUUGACCACUCUGUAAAUCUGUUCAAGAACUUCUGGUACCAGGCUGCCUUGUUCUCUAGUACUGAACAAAAUGCAUGUUCAUCUAAGUUUAUUACCUGUGCGCAUGUGCACAGCUAUGAAAGCCCACAACUUGAGUUGGUUAUUGGAGAAUCAGUCUCAUGUUUGCUUGUAGUUAGUCUCACACACAUUGCACUUCAGCACUUCACAGACUCUUUUAGAAACCUUAAGGAUUCUUUAGCUGUCACUCUGGAGGAACCCUUUAUUGCUCUGUGUAGAGCCCUGUAAUGGAGUGUUUGUCUAUCCAAUGCGGUAGAGCCAUAUUUGGAGGCUAGGAACAUUUAAUUGUCCAAGGAACCCUUGACAAAUUUUUCUAAUAGUGUAGUUAAUAUUUAUAAGUGAGUACUAAAUAGUAUCAACUUAAAUAAGCAUUAUGGAUAUAAUUUAUUUUUCAACUUGGGCUCAUAGUGAAAAUGUGUGAAAAUUUUUGUUUUAUUUAAGAAAACUUUAAUAUAUUAUAAGUGCAAAAAUGAAUGGUGGUGAUAUCUGUACAAAUUAGUAUGUUGGAUGUUGGAUAUUGUUUGAAUAAGUAUUGUUUAAAUGUACAGAAACAUGAUUCAUUAAACAGCAAAAAAGAUUCAU